CAAAGUCUAAACUUUCCCUAGAUUGCUAAAAUAGCCUCUACUCUCAAGUUCUAUUUCCCAAAGGCAAGUUGCAAGGGAGGACUCAGACACACAUGGCACCAGAGGUUGCUAAAGGCACUGGUCACGAUGGUAGAGCAGAUGUGUGGAGUGCCACCUGCACACUGCUUCACAUGAUCAACGGCAGGCACCCAUGGAUAAAGAGAUACAACCACCUUCCAUCUCUAGAUGUGGUGGUGGCAAAUAAUAGCCCACCGCUAUUUGAAAUUCCAAAGAAUUGUCACAGGGAAGUGAAAAGACUCAUUAGGUGGGGGCUGACAGUGGAUCACUAUAAACGCCCAUUGGCCGGUACCUUACGAGAUGAAGUUGAUACAGUUCUGUCUAAAUUUGGAUAUCUAGCAUCCUCACCUAUUGAAGAGAAUUGUGAAACUCUAGAAGCCUGUCAAUCCUUGGAUAUGAAAGACCCAAUCGAUCCAGUAGAGUGUCAGUCAUUCAGCUUCAGAUCAAAUCCAAUGCAUUUUUUGCUGGACCAGGAUGAAGCAUUAAAGACUAAAGAUAAUUUUUCAGAAGUCCCUGAAGCAUCAUUGAACUGGACCAAUAGCCAGGGAGAAGGUGGUAAUAAAAUAUCACAUUCCCUGAGAAUGGCAGUUGAAGACGACAGGUUGGAGAUUAUUAAAGCUUUUCAAAGAGACAGGCUAUCAACCUGUAACUCUGCAGAGGAUCUAGAAGAAUGGAUAAGCCUGGUCGACAAUUCAGAACUCUUGUUAGAGGACGAUGUUAUGGAAUAA